AAAUGAUUAAGGGAAAAACAACCAAAAUGUCCUAAAACUUAACUAGCAUGAAUUAAAUCCUUAUGCACUUCAUUGCUGUAUCAUAAAGUGUAACUUCAGCUAUACCGCUCGUCUUUUUCUGUUAUUGAUUUGAUGCUUAAUAAGUAGUUUUAUUUCCUGACUUGAUUAUAAUGCAAUUCUCCUUAGACCGUGUCAGGAAAAUCUACGAGAAGUUUCCUCGACCUUCAGUGCCACAAAAUUUGGACCUCGCAGAUGAUGAUGAUGAUGAUGAUAUGCAAAAACUUUCUGAAGCCAUUGCGGCUGCCAAAACCCGAGUUGAAUGCUGUUCUUCCUUUUUAAAAGCCUCUAUCAAGUGGUCAGCAGAAUUUGGUGCACAUAGGUAUGGAUCUCCAGAGUUGCAUGAGAUGCUGGCAGAUUAUAUAUAUUCUCAAUCUACCGAAGUGGUACGUUCUCCGGAAAGCAUGACGCAUUGACUUAUUGACUCGCUU